AUGGCGUUCCUUUUUAAUCGUAGUGCUCGUCCGCGCUCGCCGUCAGACUUGGCCAAGGUCACCAGAGAUCUCCUGUCGAAACUAUGGGAACUACCCGAGUCGCCCAAGCUAGAAGAUGACAUUUCCAAACAACUUGCGCAGAUGAAACUAAUUACACAAGGGACACCGGAGAUGGAUAGUACUCCUGCCCUUGUACGCUCUUUAUUUGAUUCGGUGAUACGAGAAGAUCUCCUUUUUCAACUAGCACACAGCAUUCGCAAACUUCCUUUUGAAGCUCGCAAAGAUACCCAAACAAUCGUAACGCAUCUAUUACGGUACAAACCAAACGAUGGCCCCGGCGACCCGCCAGCGAUCGAUUAUAUUGUCCAUCAGCGGCCGGAGGUGAUUAUCGAACUUUGCAGAGGCUUUGAGGAUUCUCAUAGUGCCUUGUCGUGUGCUUCCAUCCUCAAGGAGGCUGUUAAGUCUGAUGUUAUAGCGGCUCUCAUUCUAUAUGAUCAAUCGAAUGAGUAUGAACCAGCCGUGCGACUCAACGACAUCAAUGCCGAGCAACCGCAGACGGGGGACGGUAUCUUCUGGAAAUUCUUUGAAUGGAUCGAUAGAGGCAGUUUUGAGGUGAGCGCAGACGCGUUUACCAUAUUCAGAGACCUUUUGACGCGGCACAAAACAUUGGUCGCCUCGUAUUUAUCCGCCAACUAUAACCUGUUUUUUGGAAGAUAUCACCAAAUUCUGAUCCAAUCCGACUCCUACGUGACGAAACGACAGAGCAUCAAGUUGCUUGGGGAAAUCCUUCUCGACCGGACGAACUAUAAUGUCAUGACAGCAUAUGUUGACAGUGGUGAUCAUCUUAAAGCUUGCAUGAACCUCCUCCGAGACGACCGAAAGAUGGUACAAUACGAGGGCUUCCAUGUCUUCAAGGUGUUUGUCGCGAACCCUAACAAAUCAGUGGCUGUGCAGAGGAUCCUAAUCAACAAUCGGGACCGACUGCUCAAGUUCUUACCGAAAUUUCUCGAAGAUCGCACCGACGACGACCAAUUCACCGACGAAAAGGCUUUUCUUGUCCGCCAAAUUGAGCUUCUUCCUAGUGAACCAAUUGAACCGAGCUAUUCUUCUACAUCACGACCCAGCGUCAACGCCGCCGCGGCCUGA